ACACAAACUCCUUCCAACUCACUUGCAACUCAUCCAUCCAUCUCUCAUUCAUUCUUCCCCAUAUCUCUCUUUAGAAUAUUCAUAUCAACCAAAUUAACAAAAGAUGGAAACUUUCCUAUUUACAUCAGAGUCAGUGAAUGAGGGACAUCCAGACAAGCUUUGUGACCAAGUCUCAGAUGCCAUCCUUGAUGCUUGUUUAGAACAGGACCCUGAAAGUAAAGUUGCCUGUGAGACCUGCACAAAGACUAACAUGGUUAUGGUUUUUGGCGAGAUCACCACGAAGGCGAAAGUAGACUACGAAAAGAUAGUCCGCGAUACUUGCAGAGAAAUUGGAUUUGUAUCUGCUGAUGUUGGUCUUGAUGCUGACAAGUGCAAGGUUUUGGUUAAUAUCGAGCAACAAAGCCCGGACAUUGCUCAGGGUGUUCAUGGACAUCUUAGCAAGAAGCCAGAAGAAAUCGGUGCUGGUGACCAAGGGCAUAUGUUUGGUUAUGCUACUGACGAAACACCCGAGCUUAUGCCCUUAACCCACGUCUUAGCAACUAAGCUUGGUGCUAAGCUAACCGAAGUUAGAAAGAACAAGACUUGCCCGUGGCUCAGGCCCGAUGGUAAGACCCAAGUGACGGUUGAGUACCGUAACGAUAAUGGUGCUAUGGUUCCUAUUAGGGUUCACACCGUCCUCAUCUCAACCCAACAUGAUGAGACUGUGACCAAUGACCAGAUUGCAGCCGAUCUUAAGGAACACGUGAUCAAACCUGUGAUCCCAUCUCAGUAUCUUGACAACAACACCAUCUUCCACUUGAACCCAUCUGGCCGGUUUGUCAUCGGUGGACCUCAUGGUGACGCAGGUCUUACCGGACGGAAGAUUAUCAUCGACACCUACGGUGGAUGGGGAGCUCACGGAGGUGGUGCUUUCUCCGGAAAGGACCCAACCAAGGUGGACAGGAGUGGUGCUUACAUUGUAAGGCAAGCUGCUAAGAGUAUCGUGGCUUCAGGACUUGCACGUAGGUGCAUCGUUCAGGUUUCUUAUGCUAUUGGUGUGGCAGAACCACUUUCUGUGUUUGUGGACACCUACAAAACUGGAAAAAUCCCGGAUAAGGAUAUCCUUGUUCUAAUCAAGGAAAACUUUGACUUUAGGCCAGGGAUGAUGUCGAUCAAUCUUGACUUAAAGAGGGGCGGCAACUACAGGUAUCAGAAGACUGCUGCUUAUGGUCAUUUCGGACGUGACGACCCUGACUUCACCUGGGAGACUGUCAAGGUUCUCAAGCCUAAAGCUUGAACACAACGUAUCAAUACCAAUCAUACAAAGAAACUUUUGCUUUUGCCCCUAAAACCGGAACUCAGAGAAUAAACAAAAGCUAAUAUGUUGGGGAUGCAGUUUUUGUAAGGCUGGAAGUUUGUCUAUGUUGUGUUUCUUCAUUACAAUUUGUGUUCUAUUUACUUUGUCUAUUCGGAUCGCGCAAAAUAUACUUUCUUGAAGAGAAGCACAUAUCAAUGUAAUCUUUAAACGAAUGUUUUUACUACUAGUACUUCGUGAUC